CAAUAAAAACACUUUCGUAUCAACGGAUGCAUCUAUGGGAUGCAUGGGACACCGGCUUAAGGCUUAACGUGUUUGAGUUUGAGGAAUGACUGAGAAUAAGCACUUCUAAGCUGAAGGCUGAUCAAUUAUGUUCAUCGUAUUAGUUCACAACUAUUGUUAAAAAAUAUUCAUUAAAUCUGUUAGUAACAUUAGUGUAAUGGUAAUGCAUAGGUAACUGAAGAGCUCAGUAGUAAUAAGUAAUAACUAAUCUUGAACUACUGCGCCUGCACUUACAGACAUUAUUGUAUAACCGAUUGCCUACUACAACAUGGGUAAAUUGUGUAAGGCUGCUUCACAGAUGUAAGUCAUGAUCGAUCUGCCAGCCAGCUGUUUUAGCGAUGUUUACAAAAUUUCGUAGUUUCGUACUGUCAAAUCAUUUAACCUCUUCAAGGAUAGUAGUCGGAUUUGUAUUUUAAUAGUUUUUAGUUAUACAUUAAAAAGAGGUAAAUAAUGGAAUUGGAAAAUAUUUAUUACAAUAAGCAUGAAUACGUGGAAACGGCUUCCGGCAACAAAGUUUGCAGACAGACGGUACUUUGUGGCUCUCAAAACAUCAUCUUGCAAGGCAAAGUGAUUAUUCAAGCAGAUGCUAUAAUUCGGGGCGAUCUCGCAAAUGUGAAAACGGGCCGAUAUUGUAUAAUAAGUAAAGAAGCUGUCUUAAGGCCACCUUACAAAAAAUUUAGUAAAGGGGUAGCAUUUUUCCCUCUCAGUAUUGGUGAUAAUGUUUUUAUUGGAGAAAAAACAUUAAUUAAUGCUGCACAAAUUGGCAGUUAUGUUCAUAUUGGCAAAAAUUGUGUUAUUGGAAGACGAUGCAUUCUGAGAGAUUGCUGUGUCAUAGAAGACAAUUCCGUUUUGGCUCCUGAAACAGUGGUACCUCCGUUCUCAAGAUAUGGUGGAUCUCCUGCGAAUUAGUCGAAACUAACCCAAAUAUCUACAGAACCUAACUAAGAAAAAUCAAGUAGAAAACAUAUAUGGAUGUGAAAAAAGUGACCCAUAUGUGUUCAAAAUAUACUUAAGAAACAAACAAAUUACAAAUGCAUAUGGAUUUGGCAAAUGCGCGAUAAUUCCCAAACUGUGUCGCCGUGGCUGAGAGCGUGGACGUCACGGCUCUCUUUACAUUCCUAUGGGAAAAUAGUGAAUUUCAAUGGUCAAAAAAUGGUGAAAAAUACAUUUUCCAAAGAAACACCACUGAGAAAAGUCGUUAAGAAAUGAUUGUCUACAAGAUAAGUCACUUUUUUACCUCCAACGCUAUUGAGUCUUAAACUAGUCAAUAAUAUGAAUUGGUACCUAGAUGGGGAAAUAAGAAUAAAUUCUAAAAGCAAAA